AUGGGGAGCGGUACAAGCUCUCUUGACGAACCAGCCUACUCGGAUGGCCGAGGAGACAGCCUCAAAUCCAGCAAAAAAGUUGCACCACGUUACGUUUACUAUCGUUUAUACAGCAAAGAUGAAGCACUCGCAUCGCACCAUCCCAUCUACACCAACGAUCCCUUUAUUAGCCGCAUCGUGUCCAGAUCCGUGCCACCUCCCCGAAUUGCCGCAUCGCUGAAAUCCUACCUAUACAGGGUUGAGGGCUUUGAAUUACCUAAACAUUGUGACUUGUACCUGUCGAUAUCGGACUCGGAGGCGCCUUUGGAUGAUUCUAUACAACUCCCACUCCGUGGUGAAAAUGGGCCAGGUUCAUCUGAAUUUGAACCGAUGGUUCUGGUUGUCGAUUCAGCAGCACUUGAGAAGCGAUCAGCCGGGGGGAAUAUGGAGUCUACCCAGCUGUUUGGAGAAUUUGACAAAGAGAGGCAAUACGUUCACUAUCGCGUUUACGACAAUAACGGCGACGCCACUUCGAAAACAUCCUUUGACGAGACCGACACAGCUUUAGGUCGCGUCGAUGUUCUCUCUAUCCCACCACCCUACAGUGUUGCUUCGUUGAAGCGUCGUCUUAUAAAAGCUGAAGCGAUACGUGAUCCUAAUCCUCAGCUAUUCGAGGAUGAGGACAGCAUGACCGCUAUGAAUGACGGAGACGCCAUUACUCUUCGCGCUAAAUCCUAUCCAGGUAUUACUGAAGAUGAACCCAUCGCCAUCGUCUACAAUAUGGUGACAGGAAGCCCGCCGACACAGUGCGCAAGCUUCAUGAAGCAACUUAAAGCAAUCGGGAGGAGCGAUUGGGGGGGCAGAUACGCCGUGUGGCAUUCUUACGAGAUUGGGGAUAUUUUCCAGACAGACGGAGUUUUGUUGACUGACGAUUCCGUUACGCCAGGUCAAAAAUGUUAUUCUGCAACCAACUCUUCUGGAAAGAAGGCCUGUAGGUGUUGCUCGGACUUUGCCUUUCAAAUCCAGGGCUUUCUGACGAUUCUUUGUUUUCUCAGUUGUCCAUGA